GAAAGAGGACAUAUAGUCAAAACACGAAGAGAGUAAGAGAGACAAGACAAAGAAAACAAAAGGAUCCGAAACAGAGUUUAGAUCAGAACUGAAGAGAACUGAACUGUAAGAAGACGAACAAAGAUUCGAUUUUUUGAGUUGACCAUGGAAGACGAUAAAAAUAACAUUCACGAACUCGAUUUGGAAAAAUCAGAUCGACCUGUUUGGUUGAUGAAGAGUCCUGUAGUUGUCGCCAAGGCCUGGGGAAAGCAAGCUCCUUCUUCCUCUUCGUUCUCAUCCUCCGGAUUCAAUAGCUUAGGCAAGGUUGUUGAAUCCUUUGAUCCUCUACAGUCCCAGACCGAGUUUUUCAUGGAGAUGGUUGGUGCUGAGUAUGGGAACAUGCCAAAGAGCUACGCUUUGAACAUGUUUAAAGACUUUGUUCCAAUGGGUAUCUUCUCCGAAUCCAAUCUAGGUGAUCCCGCAAGUGAAGGAAAGGUAGAACACAAGUUUGAUAUGAAGCCACACGGCGAAGACAUUGAAGAGUACGCAAAGCUUUGUCGAGAGAGAACAAGCAAAUCCAUGGUUAAAAGUAGACAGAUACAGGUUAUUGAUAACGACCGUGGCGUACAUAUGAGGCCUAUGCCUGGAAUGCUUGGUUUAGUUUCCUCCAAUUCAAAGGAGAAGAAGAAACCUGCACCAGUCAAGCAAACAGAGGUGAAGAGGACGAGGAGAGAUCGUGGGGAGCUCGAGGCUAUAAUGUUCAAGCUAUUCGAAGGCCAACCAAACUGGACUUUGAAGCAGCUGGUACAGGAGACGGAUCAACCAGCUCAGUUUUUGAAAGAGAUACUGAACGAGCUGUGCGUGUACAACAAGAGAGGUUCGAACCAAGGGACGUAUGAGCUUAAACCAGAAUACAAGAAAGCUGGCGAAGAUGAUGAUACAGGAGAGCAGUGAAAUGUAAUCCCAUGUGUUGUAGCACACAAUUGAUUACUAUACUACAUGUUUCAUUUGUCAUAAUGUUAUAACCACGGAUUCAUUUUGAUCAAAGGAACUUUGGCGAGAGAAGAGGGGUUACAUUUUAAUUUGUAUUAUUGAAAGGAAAAUAUGGAAGUUAUGAAAGUGUUUGUUUUUCUUUUAAA